AUAAAUACAAAUGAUUCUUGAAUUAUAUCCUCUCUACUUGUUCAAAAAUUAUUUUGUUUCAAUUCCUCUCAAUAUUGACUUGAUGGAAGCUUAUACUGCUGUAAUUUCUCUUCUUCAAACUCUUGAUCAACCAAAUAUUUCAUUACUCUUUCAUGAUCACAGUACUGAAAUGCUCGAUUCUCUUGUGACAGGGAUGGCAAAUCUAGAGGAAUUUUACAAUCUUUGUUACUCUAGUUGUACAAAUGAAGUCUUUUCUAGCAUCCCCAAUUUAAAGAGAUUGACCAUUCACGCACCUUUUAGAGUAGGAUACAUUAUUCGAUGUCUUCUCUUGGAUAUGUCGAGCUUGACAAAACUUGAGGCAUUCAAGCUUUCCUGGAGAUAUAAUUAUGAAAAUCCCAUCAAAAGAUUUGUUUUUCCGGAAUCACUUAGAAGAUUGUCUUUAACUAGGUGUUCUAAGUUUAUUUGGGAAGAGAUAUCAUCAACUUUUAUCAUGUUGCCACAUCUUGAAGAGCUCAAACUUAAACAUUGUCUAGCCGAUGAUGAUGUAUGGAAAUUGAGUGACAAAGACAUAUUCAAAAGCUUGAAGUUGUUGUUACUGAGCGAUGUAAAUCUUAAGUGUUGGGAAGCUAGAAGUGAUAACUUCCCUAAUCUAAAACGCCUUGUUCUGAAGAAAUGCAAGCACCUGCAAGAAAUUCCAACAGAUUUUGGGGAAAUUUGUACUUUGGAAUUGAUUGAGUUACAUGAUUGCACCACUACUGCUGAGGCUUCUGUCAGAAAGAUCAAACAAGAACAAGACGACUUGGAUAAUAAUAUCCUUAAGGUCUACAUCCAUAACAGCUACACGGAUCAAAGAGAUCAUCUAAUGCUAUCUUCCGAAUUCAGAACCUUGUAGUUCAUAUUUUUGUUUUAAUAUUCUGAUCGUUUGUUAAUUUGAUGUUUUAGGAAUAAGUAUAUUUAAUACAUGUCUCGGCCAAUUGUAUUUUUGUAUUUUGUAAACAGUAACUAAUGAUGUACUCGUGUAACAUCUAUUUUGUUUUAUGUGAUAGUUCGAAAUAAAUAAGGAUGUUCAAUCUAUUAUGCAUUGCCUAUGGAGUACACUUUGAAUCUGUUUUCCUCUGUUCAUGUAUAAUACAUGUUUUUCGUUGA